CCGAGAGAUAUGGCGGUUCAACGCUGCAUGGAUAUGAUGCAGCUGGCUCUGUAUCGUCGUAAUAUAAACCGCAUACGCAUCGCUACGUGUACCACUCGUAUAUAAAGCGUGCUUCAAGUGCCAUGGUGGUACACAAUACACUGUCUUCGAAGUUGUGGCUUCCCACUCCAUAAAGUGGUUGUUUCUGGAGGACAGUGCGGGCCAGAAAUGGAGGAGUUGUUGCCACAUCCCUCCCCUAAUGUGUCGUUGAACGGUAGCGCCGGCUGCCACAGCAGUAUGGAUUUUGUGGAGGACGAUCAAGGCUCUCAGAUUCUGACCAAACUCCGUAAGCAGCGGUCCGACGACAAGUACUGCGACAUGGUGCUGCGGGUCGGCGGACGGGUGUUCAAGGCCCACCGCAAUGUGCUGGCGGCCUGUAGUCCGUACUUUGAUACCAUGUGCAAUAGUGGGUUGGAGGAGGACAUCCAGGCCGUGGCUGACAUGUCUUGCACUUCAGCCGAGGGCAUGGAGUUGAUUUUAGACUACAUGUACACAGGUAGGAUCACGCUCACUGCCGACAACGUGGAAUGCAUCCUGAGGGGAGCCGAGCCGUUCCUCAUGGCCAAUCUGAAGAACUAUUGCCACAAGUUUCUCUGGCAGAACAUGAAUGCAGCCAACUGCCUGGUGGUCAGGCACUUGGCUGAUUUAUACGGGUUUAAAGAGUUGCACCAACGGGCCUGUAAGUUCAUCCGCAAUCAGUUCGUGAAUGUUGUCCAGGAUUCCAUUGAGGACAUUCUCCUGUUGAGCCAAGAGGAGAUUCUCGGCUUGAUCACAGAUGACAAGAUCCGUGUGGAAAAGGAAGAGAGUAUCUACGAGCUGGUGAUCCGAUGGGCUCAGAUGGACCCUGAGAGGGUUAAGCACCUGCCUCAGUUGCUGUCGCACGUUCGUCUGUCCCAGCUAGACCGCAGUUACCUCAAAGAUGUAGUGGAGAAGGAGCCCUUGGUGACUGGCAACAGUGAGUGCUUAAAACUCCUGGCAGAUGCUCUCCACCAGACUGACACCACCAGAAGAAGUUACUGCAGCGACAGUCCUGUCCUGAAGCCACGAAAGGGACGACUGACGGACGUGGUGGUCAUCACUGGUGGGGUCAGCGAUCAAGGGCCGUUGGAGAACAGCUUCGGGUACAUCAUUGAUGAGGAUCGGUGGACCAUGUUGCCAGGGCUACCGGACGAACUUCGUUUCCACGCCGUGGCCGUGCUGAACAGCUGUCUGUAUGCAGCUGGUGGGUCCAGCAGCAGUCUGGUGUCCAACAGCGUCCACUGCUAUGACCCCAUGAACAAUUCCUGGAGCACCGUGGCCAGCCUACAGACUCCCCGUGAAUACAUGUCCAUGGUUGAGUGCAAUGGGUGCCUGUAUGCCAUGGGGGGCAUACGGUGGGACUGCUUACAGCAAAGUGUAGAAAGAUACGACCCCGACGUUGACCAGUGGAGCUUUGUGUCUCAGAUGCCUACUAAACGCUAUUCCAUGCAGCUCGUCACCCUUAGUAACCGGUACAUAUAUGCCAUAUCAGGUCGGGAUGCGUCCCGACGGCCAGUGUCCACCGUCGAACGAUACGAUAUCCAGACUGACGAGUGGACUAUCCUGCCUGACAUUCCCAUCCCUCAAGGUGACCAGCCCUGGGAGUUCCCCAUCGUUGAGGCCUACGACAACAAGAUCUUCGUCACAGAUCUGGCCACCAAGUCCUUCAGCCUGGACGCGGUCCGCAACAAGUGGUCCGAGGAGGCGUGCAACUUUGGCCCUGUGGCGAGCCGCGCUUGCCUGCAGUACUGCACCAUGGAGAAGAACGUCUUUGUGUUUGAGGGCUGCAAUGCUUGCAUCUUUAACCGUAAACUCGGCCUUUGGAGCAACAUCACACCCCCGCCUGUCUCCACGUUGGCAUCGGCGUGCUGUGUGCUACAAGUGCCUUAUGAAUUCCUCGGCAAGACAUAGGGCCAUUUUGCGAUGCCAAACAUAAAUCAGAUGAUUUACUGCAUUCAGAGGAGCAUCUUCUGGGCGGGGAGGAAGCAUCAAACCCUAGAUGACAGUAUCAGGCCGAAGGGAUCGAGGACUGGCAGCUGGGAGCUACCCUUCAAAGACUGUCAUCUGGUGAAAAGUCGACUCGUCCACGCUAAACGUCCGUUACUGUACUUUAUUGUCUGCUCACAACCUGGAGUGUUGCUACAGUGCGGUGUGUGCGUCAGUUUCAAUAAUGUAUGGAUUAUAUUGUAUCCGGCUUAUUCUGGUAGUUGUACAAAGGUAAAUUCAUUGGGGAUUAGGGUUGUUUUUUAAUCCUUGGCUUUUUCCUUCACAACUUUUUGGUUGGAUUAAAGAAUGGUUUGUGUAGGGGAAAGAAAAGAUCAUCAUCAGGAAAGUACACGUGUGGCAGGAUGGAACAAACUUUGCUUUGGUGAUGUAUGAAAGUUAAUUUCCAACAGAUUUAUGGCCAGGAAUGGAAAACGUGCCAAGUUACUGUUGUAAAGUCUCGGUCUUCAAGUUGGCCUGCCCUGUUGUCAAAGUUUCAACUGGAGCUGGAGAAACCGAUUUCGUCUAGUGAAUGCUGGAUGCUAGAGUGGCUCCUGUACCCUUGACCCUGGUGAUGAAUUAUAGCCAGGGUUGACUUUCACCACAGAGCGUUGCUGGUGUGAAAUUGGCCUUGAAAGCCAAUAGCAGCCGAGGAAAAAAAUAAUCUGAUUUGGGGCCAGAAAUUUGACUUGUUCAGAGGGAUAACCAGCCGUGCGUAGAUGGGAGAGGGGGAUAUUCGUUGAUGUAGUGUUAUGUACGUAUAUGCUUUGAUCGCAUGGCAUCUGUAGACCUUGACUUUGCUUCUAGGAGGUACAAGGCCAUUCAUUUUUUGAAAGGGCUUUUGGAGGGGAACAAAUUGUUCAUCUACGUGUACGUGGAAGGUCAUGGCCUUGUGACCUAUGACAUGGUAAGGGGAACUAAGCCACACUCAGUGUUAGACUCCGUUUGGAGAAAAAAAAGGAUGAAUCCUGUAACUUUCCCCCCACCAAUCCUAUCGUUUCCAAACUGUCAAAAGGCCAGGUCCGUGCAUAAGUGGAAAUUGGUCAUGCUGUUACUGACCUCGUUAUUAUUUGUAAUUCAUAAAUGAUUUUUAAAAAAAUAUUCUGUUUACAAAUUGAACGACGAAUUGACAGCAUGAAGUAUUUUCAGUCUUGCACGAAAUUGCCCGAAAGUUUGUUUUGCUCCAUCCAUCGAAGUACCAGUGCUAAUGUAAAUAGAAAUCCACUCAUGCAUUCCUACUGGUACCCUGUCCUACAUUACAAUGCAAAUCCUCACCUGGCCUGGGUUAAGGUCACCUGACUAACGCAACCAAUCAAAUCAUGAGAUACUGAGUCAUUCGCACCCAUCCAAUCAGAAUGUCCAGAGACCCCCACACCAGACUGCACAUGAUGUACUGGUUAGGCUUGCAGAAUCUGCCCUUGAGGGAGGAUUUUGGCAAGUUUUGAAAACGGAAGAUUCCAAACUUUCCAAGCACUCUUAUCUUAAAUGGGGCUGGAUGCCUCCUUAGAGCACUCAGUCGGCUCUGCAUCAUUGUAACCUGUCAGCCCUUUCACAUACAAGUCUUUGCAGCUCUCCCUUCUCGUCACUACAUGAAAUGCCACAAUCAUUUGAAAAUUCCUACUGCUUCGUGACUCACACUGGUCUCAAUAGCUGGAUAUCCAGCCACCUUCAAAGCUCUGCAGCCAGUACCCCGUUGCAUAAUAAAGGAGGUUGGCCGGAGAGCUGAAAUUUGUACCCUCAAAAAGGCCGUUUGGGGGUUGAAUGUUUCGGGCCCACGCUGUUGUGUGAAUCGCGUCUUGCAAUAGACUUUGGAUUCAGAGUGUUCCUUUAAGCCUUGUAAUCCCAUCAUCAGUCAUACUCACUUAGGCAGGUCAAAUUAAGGACUUUCUCCCCGGGGAGAUUAUCCUGGUCAUCGUCUUGACCUUUUAUGAACCUUAUACACCAAGGCAAUUGUGCACAGAAUUUUGAAGAAGCUGUCGUUUUAGUUCUGAAAUCCAAAGAACUUGCACGAAGUAGAUGAAAAAAAUAUCUAUUUUUUUCCAUUCCUGUUCUAGUUCACACCAUUGAAAGCACCGUCUUCUAAAACUGGAGCAUUUUACCCCUUUUUCUAGGACAUGACAUUUUGCACCUCAAUUUCCUCUAUGACCAUUUGUGCGACCUAGAUCCCCAAGGCCUUUGUCAUUUUUGGGGGGAAGAAACGGAGAAGGCAAGUAUUUCAAUCGAUAGGCCAGGCCGGAGGGAACUCAUGUCUGUUGCAAAAUGAGAGUUUUUUUGCAGUCACGUUAAAGUAACCCUGGAGUGUUUUUCUCUGUGUUUGAUUUUUGGAAGGGGAAAAUGCAAUAUGCUGUAUUUAUGUUGCGUUGACAUGCCUUGGGGUGACAACUUGUCUUUUGUCCUUCUUAUCCGAAAAAUGUGGAGGUAUGUGGGAAACAAUUUUUAGAAAAAGAGACUCAUUUUUUUGGUUGGCUUUUGAAUCUUCAGCCAAGUUAAAACCGUGUUUUGUACGUGCAAAUUUCUGUUUGCAUCAGUUCGAAUUGGGGAUCAUUGUUUGUUUCCACAAUGAGUCCAUGACCCGCUGAUUGUACCUUCAACAACACUUGUCCAACGCAGCUCCAUGCCAACAAAGACAGAAACACUUCAAAAUUGCAACCCCCCCCCACAAAUGUAAGAGCCCUUGAAUCCGACAAUGUUUAUAAUUACCCAAACCAUGCACUUAAAAAACACACAUCCAAAAGAAAAAAAAGACGAGAGCUGCUUUUUUGUACGGCAUGGAUUGUGUACUUGUCAAAAAAAGUGAUAAAGUGCUGAUAUAAUUAACAAUCAUUUUGAGAGUGUCAUUUUUGAACGCAGACCCCAAAUGACCAUGGGAAAGUAACUGUAGGGAUGGUCGCACGGCCCACACAUCCUCCACACCGUGUGAUGGAAUUUGAUACAACACUCGCGCCCGUGUUUGGUAGAGUGUGCUCCCCGUCACAAUUUUCCUCGCAUUACACAUGACCGCAAAUCUAAUGUGUAUUUUUUGGAGGAACGCACCAUUGCAGUCAUGACUUGCUCUCACUUCUCACGGAUUAAUGGAAAUAGAUUUAGGCCUGCCCAGAGUUUGAAGGAAAAAAAAAAGAUUGUUGUAACCUUUUUCUUUCAACUGUUAUUAUUGUGCGGUUAGUUUGGACCAUUUGCUUUUAUUGGAAGCCAGUGGCUUGUGACUCGGUCAUUCAUGAACGUUUUUUUUUAAUCGAGGAAGGAUGAAAGGUUGACAAUAAGUACAGCUGAUCAGCGAAAAAAAAAUGAGGUGCCUGUGUGGAUUUGGCAACGAUGUAAUUACUUUGAAACUUCCAACUGAUUUUCUAAAUCGGCUGAGAGGCGUUGUGUUCAGUGCAAUUUUAUUCAGCCAGUUAUUUCACCAGCAUUGUGUACUUUUGAUGAAAUUGUAUUUGGAAUUCUUCACAGUUCUAAAAUAUUUGGGCACUUUUUGCUUCGGAACAGUCUCAGUAAGAGGCAGUUGUUUUAUUCUAAUAAUUAGAGAGGUGACGGACACACCACACGAAUGUCGUAUUGUGUCGUCCACACAUUCUGUGCUCAUGAGUUUUUGGAAACGUUUUGUUCCAACCAGAUUCCGGGAAAUUUCUCAUCAAAGAAAAAAUUCAGAAGUUCGGCCUCGGCUACCAAAUUAGGGGACGUUUCCACUGCAGUUGCCUGUGUAUAGGCUUUGGCAGGGACGCUACAUUUGCGAUGUUAAACAUUCUUGUAAAAAUAAAUAAACAGAUGACUGAACUUGUUAGUCGUAUAUCACUUUUAUAGUAAUUCCUUUCCACGUUCUGUACACGUGCAUGACUGUUGCGUAGAGAGCCCGCGGCACAUUCAGAUCGCUUUUUAAGGGUGUGUAUGUGCUUGAUUUGUUUGGUUUCCUUUUUCUUUUUGAGUGUAUUUUAUUACUUGUAAAUAGAGUUCUGGAAAGAUCUGGGUUUUGUAUAAAGUAUUUAAGAAAAAGUUUAUGACAUUGGGUAUAUUGGAUUUGAAUUGUGUACUUUUGUCUGUAGAUCGCACAUCCGGAUCGCCAUGCCCUUCUGAAAGGAUCGGGCGAAUCGUCGGAAUUUUUUCCCAGUAAACAAGAGCUUUGCAAUCAAAAUUUUCCACCGAGUAUGGUUGUAAAUGGCUCACAUAACAACUUUGAGCUAUCCUAGUCUUGUUCCAAGGAGGCACGACAAUAUUCCAGUAAUUAGUACAGGUUAUAGGCUCCAGCCUAUACCCUUGCAUCAUUGAUUCUUUGGUGUGGAUGGAAAAAAGAAGCAUCGAGAGUCAACAUUGUAUAAUUGAGUUUAAAAUUUCGUUGGUUUCCCUUUCAAAAUAGCCGAAACCACCACAGAUCUUGUAUAUUUGUGCAUAUUUAAAUAUGGAUUUAUUGUCUAUCACUUGUGUAACAUAGGCCUAUACUUGGACUAAGUGUAAAUGCACUGAUACAAGGUUGUAUUUAUGUAAAAGGAACACAGAAUUUAAAAAAGGUUUGUACACACGAAACUCUCUGGAGUUUUGAACUUGCUAAUUAUUCACAUUUCUACCACAGCAGUCCUGCGUGCCUCGUUAGUGUACAUGUACAUGUAUUUUCACUGUAAAACAAUGUAUGGAUAAUUGAGAUGUGCUCUCAUCACGUAGACUGGCACAGUCUACGUGCAUUUUGUAUAGCCGUGUUGAAAACGUGUUGAAGUGUUCCUCGCAUGUACAGGUAUGUUCGCGUUUCUCUGUUGACAGUUCAGCAUUUGAAAUCACAGGUAACUUUUAUGAGCUACACUGCAUUGCUGUGCAACUUCAAUUGGACAUUGCCUAAACCACUCUUAAUUCACAGUAUUCGGAGUUUGGGAUAAAAAUGGACGAGGGGGGGUGCUAAAAGGUUUGAGUUUCUUCCCAGAGUUUUAAAGAUUUUUCUGAAACUCUUUUCAAAAUGUAGGCAUUUGUCAGGAGAUAAGGGGUUUGGGAGGAGCUAAAAAGAGAACGGGGAGUUUAAAGAUCCCCACUCAAGCCCCACCCCAUUGAAGUAACCCUGAUACAAACAUGGUCACAGAGGGAACAAAAACAUGAGCGGUGUUCAAUCCAGUAGGACAAGUGUUCGUCCGUUACGAGACAUUUCCACACCGACGCUCUUCCCCUCUUUUUUUUUUCAAGAAAGGUCUGAAUUUUACCCCAGCCCGAAAGAAAAGGCGACAGUGACUUGUUUUUCUUUUUCUGGCAAGCAUCGAGUAUAGGCAAUGUAUCUGCCUCGUGUAAAAGGUUGUGACAUUUGAAGUAAUAGCACAGCGCAUAUAUGUGUACCCGAGAAUGGUAUUUUUACAGUGUACUUUGGUUUCGUAGUUGGUGAGAAUGUGAGAAGUGCAUUGAUCGGGGAGUGAAGAUGUACGUAAAUAUGGGCGUUAUUCUUGGUAUCACUGUAUUAUAAAAAAAUAUUCACCUACUUGUGGUAAUUUAUGUAUUUGACCACACACCAUUUGUCACCUAGCGCUUUCAGAAAAUUGCCAAAUGUAUUUUCCCACUUUCUGAAAUCCAUUUGUAAAUUUCUUGUCCGGAGCAGGGUUCUGGGUUCAGAAGAUGAAAAAAAAUUGACGAAUGAGGGUGCAUUUUGUAUUUCAACAUUUCCAUGGUUUUUAAAAACGGCAACUUCCGUCUGUUGCACGGGUAUAAAUCCGUUCUUGUUAAUUAAACACAGUUUUUUUUAGACUGUGUUUGUUGAAAAAAACUGCAUAUGGAAACUUUUCCACAAAAGCUCAGUUGAAGAUCAUGGGGGAGAUAUUCGGAAACAAACAUGCUGUCCUCACAACUUGGCACACAGUGGCCAUUUUGCCACCGUGUGGGGCCCUGAUGGUCUCGCUCAAUGCUUUCUAAUCCGCCACUUGAAUCUCACUACUGUGGCCACCCCCCCCUGUUGGUAGCCCCCCUCGUGUUUUCGGUCAGCAAGGGGCACUGAACUUGGCCGCGCUUGCGAGGCUGUUUUCCCUUUUUGUUACUCUCUCAUGCCUCAGGGCCCAUUCCCCACUCGCCCUGUCCUCCUCUCGCUACUUACAUCAUUGUAUAGAAGCCUCAUCGUGUGAAUUAAUAUUCGAAAGGAGUGCUCCCUUCUCCGCACUCGUCGCACUCUGUCAGCUCAGUGCGGAGAAAUAGGCGCAACUGAGACACUUUCCUCGCCUGAUUUGCCCGCGAGGGCUGUCUGGUUUGGUCUCGAGUGCGGCAGCGGAGCCUUAUUGGGCUUCCAUGAGGGUUUCUGUCCAAAACAGCUCGGCCUCCAAGAAGCCGCUGUAAACCCGUUAGACCUGGCAGCCUAGUUCGGAUGAGGAGUUGGGAACGAGCAGGGGAGCACAACGUGCUGUAAGUUCGGUUCUCACCUCUUCCAAAACCUGUCCCGUAUCACUUUUUUGCUAAUUUGGCUGCAUUUUCUGCAACGACCCAGGGGCAGUCAUCUUGCGAUGGAAUUUUUCUGUUUGCCUCGAAGCUUCAACCUGAACUUCAGAAGCCGUUGGCAUUUGAUGCCAUUAAAAAAAAGAAGAAAGAAAAGGAAAUUUCGUCGUCAACAAGCAUCACCUGCAAGGGUCUGGUUUCCAUGAUUCCCCAUAUCCAGUGGUAACUCUUGGUAAAGGGAAAGGGUAAAAUGAUACUCUCCCAAGAUGCUCUCCUCCUUCUCGUCUGUCGUGGCGCGAAGGCAGCUCCGCGAAUGCCCCGCUUCAAGCUGCCGCGUUGCGCCGGCGGCUGUCACAUCUCAAGUAGUUCUCCAACAUAUCAACGUGCGCGUGUCAAAACAAUGUUUCACUACUCUGCACCGUACAGAACAGUAACCAAAGGGUUUUCUGGUUUGUGUCGUAAAUAUGGGCUGUGUUGAUAUUCCACACGUAACUGCUAACCAAAGCUGUAAUGUUUUUGUAUUGUGGGAGUUAUUUAUUAAGACAAAAUGUUGUCGGGUGGUGCUGGGUUGUACAUGUCUCUCAGAGGUGAGGUCGUUCAUGUUAUCUUGUUUGCCAAAUUUGUAAGUGUAAUAUUAAAAUGGAUUUGUUGAUAUUGGAUUGUGUGGUCCAGUCAGGAGUUUUAAAGGGUUAUUUUUCCUAGAUAGAAGAAUAACAUUUGUGUAAAUCAACGUUGUGAAUAAUGUGUAAAGUACGUACAUAGCAAAAUUUUUAAGCCUGUGAUUAGUGAGGCACUAUUUAUGAGCAUGUCUAGUGAAGUCACAAUGCAGCUCGCAGCCAUCUUGGUCUGAAUUCUAGGACCCCUAAAUGCAUUUAGUACAAGUUGAUCACUGAAUCACAGGUGCCAGACUGUUUUCAGCUGGAGCCAUGCUUUGAGCCUCAGGCUGAAGGCAGUAAGUAGCCGCUUCCAUAGCGGCACACGUGUAGUUUCCAACCAUAGCCAAUUCUGACACGGCAUUACAGACAGCUACAUAGAAAAGAAAAAAGGCUGCAUUGUGACGAUGUACUAUCCUGUAUGUAACUAUCUUCACCAUGCCUGCUUUAAAGCAAUUUGUGUGUGGAAGCAUCAUUAAUAUUUUUAUUAAUAUCAAGUAAUAUAUAGCUAUAAUAUUUUACUAUAACGUUACGACAUAUCAGUUUGAUCUGUGAAACAAUGAAACACUUUGCCUGAGCCUUUGUGUGCUAUACGUUCAAUGGUUAUACCUUUUCCUGAUAGUUCGUAAGAUGUUUUACCAAAAUGCAAAGUUAUAUACUGUGCGCUUCUAAUACAUCACGCCGAUCUAAUUGUUCAGAUAAGAGUAAUUUACGCCAUAAGGCAACAGGGUUUACGCUAAAAGUCAUUUGCGGUGGGGAUUUUCAACUAAAGUCUGACUGGCGUCCACGUUCAGGGAUAUGCUGUUCCUGUUUGCGUCCUAUGUUAGCACGCACAAUUUCACAAUUGAUUCUUGUGCUCCAGAAAUUGAUCGUCCUUGCUCGUGUAAUUACAUUGUUUACUGUGAGUUGACGGCAUUCAAGCUGUGUAGUACUGAUAAUCAUGUUAGGUGGUAUGGGCAUGGGUAGCUGUUUCGACGCAGUCAGUAAAGAGGUUGCAAAACGACAGUCAGAUCCCUGUGGAUGUUAACAGCCUUGUGUUGACUGCCGAGCACCUUGUUUAUUCUGUGGGCGUGCUUAACGGGCACGCUCUUGUACCCAGUAAGGAUAUUAAACUCUUGAAUUUAACUCAGUAUCAAAGUUGCGUAAGAUGUCGCAGUAACAUAUCUUACACAAACACAUCUACAUCAGACAAGUUCUACUCGGUCUUGUUUUAUGCAUGUACACGUGAGUCUGAUCUGUAAACAUGAACAACCACAGUCGGGGGAGGGGGAAUGUUGCGUGCCUUGUCUCCCCACCACAAAUAUACAGUUUGUCUGCGUACAGCACCCUGUUAAUACCAUCAGUGUUCCUUGGCCUGAAGAACAAGACCUUCUGUAGAAAAACGAGACGUUAAAUGGUAGUGGAACUCACCAGGGUUGUAUGAAGUGACUUCUGUAUUCUCCCCCAUGGUCUGGUUUGGUUAAAUUCAACCCCCCUUGUCCCAAUGGGAGACAGAACACUCGUUAUAUGAAAAAAAGUUGAACAGGCGAACGCAAAAUUCAGUUUUAUGAAAUGCAAGAAGUUGUUGAUGUAGGUUAGUACUGAAGCUUUUUCAUUCAAAUUUAACCCUUAUACCUAUUUUCAAGUAAACAUGAAAUUCUUCAGAAUUGAACAUUGUCAAGAAUUUUACACUCUGUAUUUUUCUCUGAAUAUGCGUACUCUUUUUACCAUAAUGGAUUGUGUACAUUUUCGUGACGUCAAGGGGAUGUUAAGAAGAAAUGUAUCAAUUUAAUGUAAUUGUAAGUGUGCAUGCUUACCGUCAUAACUCCUUAGUAAAUUAUGUCCUUUCGGUCAUUUUGUAUUCAAAGCCAAUUCAUUCCAUAAUUAUUUUGUACUCUGAAUUCAGCCGUUUCCCCGUUUUUCCCUUCCGCAUUUUGUCAGGCCUGCAGGCCGCAUAUAGCUUAUUUUUGUCACUGAUAGUCGUUUUAAUGACCAAUAAAUUCUCCACGGUAUCAAAAACGUGAAUGCCGCACCGGUGUUUUGCGAUUAA